AUGAUCGCGUCGACGAACAAGCCGACGAUGGUCAAGUGGGAGCACCUUUCGUUUGUGAUUAUGGACGCUCCAAACGACAGCAAUCUGCACAUUUACCUCAAGGAGCUCAAGAGACACAACGUCACGGAUCUCGUGCGGGCUUGUGAGGUCACCUACAGCAGCGAGUCGGUGGAAGCUGCUGGCAUUCGGGUGUACGAGCUCGAGUUUCCAGAUGGCGAGUCCCCCGAUCCGAAAAUACUGGACAAGUGGCUUGAUUUGGUUGAAGAGUGCUUUAAGGAGAACCGAAAUGACUCGAAGUACAACAAGUCUAUUGCGGUGCACUGCGUUGCCGGGCUCGGACGGGCCCCGGUGCUAGUUGCCAUUGCGUUGAUUGAGUACGGAUUGGACCCUAUCAAUGCCGUAGAGCAUAUUCGCAAGUUCCGACGAGGGGCUAUCAACCUGCGGCAGCUCAAGUACUUGGAAAAGUACCACUCUCGGCGCGGUAAUAAGGCGAAGUGCACGAUUAUGUGA